AAAAAAAAAAAAAAACUGGAAAUCCUUGAAAUUAAUAAAUUGCCAGAAAAUAAGCCGUGAGAGUUCGGAGUUUGCGUUGGUACGGCCCGGAAGGGAUCGGAGCUCCGGAAUUCAGAGAACAGUGAGAAACCAGGGGGCAAUCAUCUUCUUCACUGGAAAUCGAUUUUUCUGUUCUCGAUCAAAGAAUUCAAACACGGCGCCGCCUGUAUAUACCGAUAUUGCUGUAUCCACUGCGGUUGUUGUUGUUGACAGGGCCAAUUUCUGUCCAAAAGAGAAGUAGAAUAAAGAGAGAGCGAUGUGGAAGAGGAAGAAGAUGAAGCACAGCUUCACCUUCUUCUCCUGUUGAUUUGUUUCGUUUCAUGGCCUCUUCGCAGCAUCGAUGCGUUUUUGUUGGCAAUAUACCAUAUGAUGCCACUGAGGAACAGCUUAUAGAAAUCUGCAGAGAGGUUGGGCCUGUUGUGUCUUUCAGAUUAGUUAUUGAUAGAGAAACUGGCAAACCAAAAGGUUAUGGUUUCUGUGAGUAUAAGGAUGAAGAGACAGCUCUGAGUGCACGUCGUAAUCUUCAAGGUUAUGAAAUAAAUGGCCGGCAGUUACGAGUUGAUUUUGCUGAAAAUGACAAAGGUUCUGACCGCAAUCGAGAACAGGGUCGUGUUGGACCGGGAGGGGCAACAAAUAUUGGAGGCCCAGCAGUCCAUGGGGAAUCUGUUCAACAUCAGCCAUUUGGUCUCCAUUUUGCUAUUACUGCCGCAGCUGUAAUGGCUGGAGCUCUAGGUGGAAUGCAGGUUGGUCUGCAGUCAAAUCAAAAUGGGUUACAAGGUCAGUCAGCAGCUGCUAAUGACCCAUUAACACUCCAUCUUGCCAAAAUGUCAAGGACUCAGCUGAAUGAAAUUAUGUCUGAUCUAAAGAAAAUGGCUACACAAAAUAAGGAACAAGCUCGUCAGCUGUUGCUUGCAAGACCUCAGUUGCUCAAAGCUAUUUUUCAGGCACAGAUAAUGCUAGGAAUGGUGACCCCGCAAGUGUUGCAGAUGCCAAACAUCCGACAGGCUCCUGGUCAACCAAUGCUGCCUUCACUAAAAGAUGGUCAGCAUGGUCAGCAGCCAGCAGUUCAAACUUUCACUGGCUUACCCCCUCUUGCACAGAAGGUGCAAUCUGGGCUGAUGCCCAAGGUGGCAGAAUCUCAGGUGUCUGCUGUGCUGCAAAAUUCUUUAGCACACAACCAAUUUUCUGCAGCACUACAGUCAUCUGUUAAUCCUCAAGCACAGCAUUCAAAACUUCCCAGCAAUCGUGUACUGCCACCAGCAGCUUUUCCAGGUCAAUCAGCAGUUCCAACACUUCCUUCCAUCAAUCAGGCUCUCAGACCUCAAAUUCAUGCUACUACCUCAUCUUUGAACCAGCAAAUUCAGCCUCGAUUGGCCCAUAACACAGGACAACUUGCAGCUUCUAGUUUAAGUCAUAACUCUCAGGCACACCAUAAUACAGCCAUGCAGUCAUCUUUUAUACCUCAUCCCUCAAUAUCAGAUGCUCGGUUUCAGCCUGGCACCUCAAUAACACUAGGCCUUGGAGAGAAAACAAGCAGGAUUCAUGAUUCUUUGGAAGUGAUAAAUCGGCCUUCAAAACUUUCAAAAUUGGAAGAUGGAAGGAGCACUUCUUUCUCAAUGGAGACUUCUGGUGCAUCUAGUCUACCUGGACCAUCCCAACCAUUUGCCCUUGAUUCAAUACUUGUGAAUGAAAUUAAUAAGCCAGAAGCAUUGCAAUUUGCGGACAACCAAAUUUCUCAGGCACAGCUUCCACCCGACAUGGAGUCUGUCCUACUCCAGCAAGUGUUGAACCUAACUCCCGAGCAACUGAGUUCCUUGCCACCAGAACAACGUCAACAGGUCAUUCAACUUCAACAGGCCCUCCGCAAAGAUCAAAUGCAGCCAUCAUAAAAGUGCCAUCUCCAGGUUUUCAAGUCGCUGGAGGGAGAAAGGUUCGCUGUAACUUAUUUUAGUCUCAGUGCUUGUAAAAUGAUAUUUUACAUCAGAAUCACGUCUAGAUUUGUUAUGGAAGAGCAUUAUACCAUUCGUGUAAGGUUGGAAGCCUGUUUUUAGAAUACAUUGAGGAAACCAGUUAGAGAAUAGGAAAAAAAAAAAAUUUUGUGUCAUCCCCUUGUUCAUCUGACUGCCAGGACUCGAAACUUUUCUUACUCUCAUACAAUUUACCUUUGCCUAUUAUCCAUUUGUUUGGGAAAAGAGUAUCAUAGUUUUUCGCCAUAAACAAGACAAAAGACAGCUUGCUUGGGUUGCCGCGAAUCUAAUUCACUGGAUUCAUUUUUUAGCUCCUAUUCUUUUCUUUUUCCCUUGGUUUUGAUUUUUCUUUUUAAUAAUCGAUGUGGCCAGCGAGUGAUGUGGCCCGCAAGAUUGUGGAGUC